AUGCCUGGAGGAGCAGUUGUUCAUGGCACGACCGAUACGUCUCGUAUCGAGGCGCCAGUGACUUUGAAGGCAUACUUCAUGUGUGCUUUUGCAGCAUUUGGUGGUAUUUUCUUCGGAUAUGAUACAGGUUGGAUGUCUGGUGUCUUGGCUAUGCCUUAUUUCAUCACUCAAUACACAGGAUUACAAAAGCCCCCCGCAGAUGCUCCCAAAUCAAUUUUGGACGCAUUCGCCAUCUCUGCUAGCAACCAAUCUUUGACAACUUCUAUCCUUUCCUGUGGUACUUUCUUUGGAGCUCUCAUCGCUGGUGAUGUGGCUGAUUCCAUCGGACGUCGUUUGACUAUCAUCACUGGUUGUGCAAUCUUCUGCGUCGGAUGUAUCCUGGAAACAGCCUCUACCGGUCUUGGGCUUAUGGUUGCGGGUCGUCUAAUUGCUGGUCUUGGUGUUGGAUUCAUUUCUGCUAUCAUCAUCUUGUACAUGUCAGAAAUUGCUCCGAAAAAGGUCCGAGGUGCCCUGGUCUCAGGAUAUCAAUUCUGUAUUACCAUCGGAAUCUUACUUGCCAAUUGUGUCGUGUACGCUACACAAAAUCGGACUGACACUGGUUCGUACCGAAUCCCAAUUGCAGUGCAAUUCUUGUGGGCUAUCGUCUUGGCGGCUGGAUUGUUCAUUCUUCCCGAAUCACCUCGUUACUACGUCAAGAAAGGUCGUCUUGAAGAUGCUGCCAAAGCCUUAUCCGACGUUCGUGGCCAGCCAAUCGAGUCUGAGUAUAUUCAAGAUGAACUUGCGGAGAUUAUCGCAAAUAAUGAAUACGAACUCUCCGUCGUACCACAAACAUCGUACAUUUCUCAAUGGACUAAUUGCUUUAAGGGAUCUAUGUUUGAUGGUUCUAGUAACGUUCGAAGAACUUUCCUAGGUAUCAUGCUCCAAUGCAUGCAACAAUUUACUGGUAUUAACUUCAUCUUCUACUUUGGAAAUGUCUUCUUCAAAUCUCUCGGAACGAUCAAGAACCCUUUCUUGAUCUCUCUCGUAACCUCCUUAGUCAACAUGUUGACCACCCCUCUCGCAUUCUGGACCGUCGAACGCUUCGGUCGUCGUACCAUUCUCCUCGUCGGUGCUUCUUGCAUGAUCACCUUUCAAUUCAUCGUUGGUAUCAUUGGUGUCACCGCCGGUGAAGCUGACAGGCAUAACACCGCUGCUGUCUCAGCCAUGAUUGCCUUCAUCUGCCUCAACAUCGCCGCCUUCGCCACCACCUGGGGACCCGCCGCCUGGGUCGUCGUCGGCGAAAUCUUCCCCCUCCCCAUCCGCUCCCGCGGCGUCGGUCUCUCCACCGCCUCAAACUGGUUCUGGAACUGCAUCAUCGGCGUCAUCACGCCAUACCUAGUCGGAACUCAAAAAGGCGACGCAAAUCUCGGCGCCAAAGUCUUCUUCAUGUGGGGUUCGCUCUGUGUCUUGAGUUUGACUUUUGCGUACUUUUUCGUGCCGGAGACUAAGGGUUUGUCGUUAGAACAGGUAGAUCGUAUGCUGGAGGAGACGACGCCAAGAACGAGUGCGAAGUGGGUGCCGCAUAGUACGUUUGCGGGGGAGAUGGGCUUGGCGGGUGAGGAGAAGCUGGAUCAUGUGAAUGUGGUGGAGAAGGGAAAUGUUUCGGAUGGGGCGGCGCCGGCGGAGGUUAAUAAGGAGGUUGUUUGA